CACACAUAUUAUCCUCCCCAUAUAGAAAGGAGAAUGCCCCCAACAACACAACAAGUCCGCCCUGGCGCAGGCGUUCACAUCGUCCUGAAAAAGGACCAACCGACCGGCCGCACAGUCAGCGGCACUGUCGGUGAAAUAUUGACACGGGGUAAUCAUCCGAGGGGAAUUAAAGUCCGCUUAACGGAUGGGAGAGUGGGUAGAGUGCAGGCUAUGAAUACCAAUCUUAGCUCUAACUCUAACCUUGGUGGUAUGGAAGGUAUGGGUGUCGAGCAAGGCGAAGUGGAACAGGGAAGUUCUUGGGGAGAUAGAGGUGGGCGGAGAGGUGGUAGGAGGGGUGGAGGUAGGAGGUAUCAGGGAGGAGGAGAUGAGGGAGAGGUGCCGGCGGAGAGUGUGGGGCUGGAUGCGUAUGUUACUCCUGGGUAUGGGGGGAGGCAGAGGGGGAAUAAGGGGAGAGGGAGGGGGAGGGCUGCUGAUGGGGCUGUGGAUGAUGUUGAUGAGGUGGUGGUUCCUGGUGUGGAAGGGGUAGGUAGUAUGGAUGCAGGGGUUAUUCGGUGCCCGGUUUGUGACGUGUUUGAGGGCGAUGAGGCUGCUGUUGCGCACCAUGUUGCGGAGCACUUUGAUUGAGAUAUUCUGGAUGACUUCGUGGACUAUCUCGUGUUGGUCAUGAAUAUGAGAUGGAUGAUCUAGAUGGGUUCAUAUCCGUUCCGUACCUGGCUAUCUGAAUUUCGCGACAGAAUAUCACUUUGCUAGGUGUCUAAUUUAGAUUGGCGAGAGCUUGUGCAGCACG